UUCUUCUUCUGCUUCCUUUUUCUUUUUCUAUAUUGAUCUUCCUUCUUCCCAUUCUCCUCUUCCAAUGUCCAGAGUUUUCUCAUCCAUCUCUCUCGUUUCUUUACUUAUUCUUUUAUUCGUAUCAGGAAUAAAUUCGGCGUCAUUCACUCUAAGUAACAAUUGCGCAUAUACAGUAUGGCCAGGAAUUCUGUCGGGUGCUGGGACGGCAGCCUUGUCUUCCACGGGUUUUGUCCUUCAAAAGGGCGAGUCUAAGACACUCUCUGUACCGGUCGGAUGGUCCGGCCGGUUAUGGGGAAGGACCUUAUGUAGCGAGGAUUCUACCGGUAAGUUCUCAUGCGUCACCGGUGACUGUGGGUCCGGGAAUAUAGAGUGCGUUGGGGGAGGCGCUGCGCCACCAGCAACCCUGGCGGAGUUCACGCUAGACGGCGCAGGAGGGCUCGAUUUCUACGACGUGAGUUUGGUUGAUGGCUACAACCUGCCUAUGCUGAUACAACCCCAAGACGGCACCGGUGGGAAUUGCAGCUUGACAGGGUGCGUGGUGAACAUCAACAGCGCGUGCCCGUCGGAGCUUAAGGUGACAACCGCCGAUAUUAGCGGGAGUGUCGCGUGCAAAAGCGCGUGCGAGGCGUUUGGGGACCCGCAAUACUGCUGCAGCGGCGAGUACGGGAAUCCUAACACUUGCAAGCCGUCUUCAUUCUCCGAGUUCUUUAAGAACGCGUGUCCUCGUGCGUACAGCUACGCUUACGAUGACGGUACCAGUACCUUUACUUGUGCCAACGCCAAUUACCUUGUCACUUUUUGCCCCUCCGCUGCCGCCAGGUUAGUCAGCUAUUUAGUAAGGUUAACGAGAAUAGAAUGUGUUGGUAUUAUAGGAAAGGAUGAGGGUAGUUUGGUCUAA